AUGGAUGAGAUUGAAGUUCAGGGCGAGUUGGGGAAAGGUAAUUAUGGAAGUGUGCAGAAAGUAUACCAUCGUCCAACAGGAGUUAUGAUGGCCAUGAAGGAAAUCCGACUGGAACUAGAUGAAUCUCGUCUGACUUCAAUCAUCAUGGAGCUGGACAUCUUACAUCGCGCUGUCGCCCCCGAGAUCGUCGAAUUCUACGGAGCUUUUACGAUUGAAUCAUGUGUCUACUACUGCAUGGAAUUUAUGGAUGCUGGAUCUCUUGAUACUCUCACUGGUGGAGGUAGCGAAGCGGUCAGAGUACCCGAAGCGGUUUUAAGGAGAAUCACUGCGGCCAUAGUGAAGGGUUUGAGGUUUUUGAAAGACGAGCUACAGAUAAUGCAUCGGGAUGUCAAACCCACGAACGUCUUGAUGAACCGGAAAGGCGAGAUCAAGCUAUGCGACUUUGGCGUUUCGGGUCAGUUAGAGAAGAGUUUGGCCAAAACCAACAUUGGUUGUCAAAGUUAUAUGGCGCCCGAGAGGAUCAAGGGUGAAUCUCAAAAUCAACUUUCUACUUAUACCGUAUCUUCCGACGUGUGGUCUGUCGGUCUAUCCAUCAUAGAACUGGCAAAGGGAUGUUACCCUUAUCCUCCGGAAACGUUCGCCAAUGUUUUCGCCCAAUUACAGGCUAUCGUAUAUGGUCCAGCUCCGACUUUACCCCAUGGGUAUUCUGCAGAUGCGCAUGACUUUGUUGCAAAGUGUCUACUCAAAGAUCCAAACGCCCGUCCCACAUAUGCUCAACUACUACAACAUCCUUUCCUCCUCGCGGACCAAAAUGCUGAUAUCGAUAUGGCUUCAUGGGUUGCGGAAGCUUUAUCUCGACGUGCAGCAAAAGGUGUCAUCUCACCUGUGGUACCUCUGGCAGCUUAG